UCUUCGGAGUCGCGAUCAAGAUCUCACGACCUGUGUCGAGACGUCAAAAUCAACACCCAACGAAGACCGCAGCACGACGUAUCUGCAGAACACGAAGCGUCUAAUACAUGUCGCCUCGGUCAUCAUAAUCGCUCUGCAUAGGGACUGCCCUCGACACGUCCUCCAAACCUGUCUCGUGCCACUAGGCAGAUCCGAAAGUGGCUUUCACCAGCGUCACGACACUGUCCCUUCAAGACCACCUGAACAUCGCCCCAGACAUCUUGAAUUGCUCCACCGAAGACUUAGAGGGGGAGUUACAACCUUUGAUGAUGGCACAAGCGGUGCCCAAUCCGCCAAACGACAAGAAGAGGGUCAAGGUCUACGAGUUGCGCAACAAUGACUGGUUCGAUAGGGGCACCGGCUUCUGCACAGCGACCUUUUUAUUUAAUGAAAGCAGCCGCCAAGAAGAGCCACGGGUCAUCGUCACAUCUGAAGACCAUCCAGAUCGUAUGCUUUUAGAGACUCGAAUCUGCAAAGAAGAUGGCUUCCAGAAGCAGCAAGAUACCCUUAUUGUGUGGACUGAGCCGACCACCGGCGUUGAUAUGGCCUUGAGUUUCCAGGAAUCAGACGGGUGUGCUUCGGUCUGGAAAUUCGUGAACAGCAUUCAGCAGCAGCUACUAGCAAUGGGUGGACCAGGUAUGUCUUAUAGCAGUCAGAACAUGCACACAGCGCUAAGCCCUCAAGAUGAUGCAUUGUCGGACGAUAUCGCCAUAGACUCCUUCGGCAACUCUAUAAACCUACCUUCGCCCAGCCUCGCAACUCUACCCGAGAUAGAAAUGCAAAUGCGCAGCCUCCACAACACAAAUCCGGGAAGAGAAGCCUUGACGAAGUAUGUUAUCGCGGAAGACUACAUACAAAAGUUAAUACCACUGGUGGAGAUGGCCGAGGAUAUGGAGGAUCUAGCAAGUUUACAUAAGCUUUGCAACAUUAUGAAAACCUUGAUUCUACUCAACGAUACUGCUAUCAUUGAACUCGCGGUCACCGACGAUCUGGUUCUUGGAGUAGUGGGAGCCCUGGAAUAUGAUCCUGACUUCCCUAGCCAUAAAGCCAACCAUAGGCACUGGCUUGGAAAGGAAGGAAGAUACAAAGAGGUGGUUCGAAUCGACGACGACUCCGUGCGGAAGAAGAUCCAUGCUACAUAUCGAUUACAGUACCUUAAGGAUGUGGUGCUUGCCCGGAUCCUGGACGAUCCUACUUUCUCCGUACUUAAUUCUUUGAUAUUCUUCAACCAGGUCGAUAUUGUUCAGCAUUUACAGACUAAUCCAGCGUUUCUCAAGGAGCUUUUCGGUGUUUUUGGCCCUCUCGAGACGGAUCAGGAUCGCAAGAAAGAGGCGGUAUUGUUUAUCCAGCAAUGUUGCGCAAUUGCCAAGAAUUUGCAGCAACCAGCUAGACAACAGCUGUACAACAACUUCCUGGGUCACGGCCUGCUCUCAGUAAUCAAUUUUGCAUUGCGUCACAGCGAUGUGGGAGUUCGAGUUGGAGCUACUGAUGUCCUUGUGUCCAUGAUCGACCAUGAUCCUCACAUGAUUCGCCAGACUAUCUUCCGUCAACUGAACGAGAAACAAACCCCUUUGACAGAUUCUCUGAUCGAUCUCCUCCUCGUUGAAGCCGACCUUGGUGUUAAAGCUUCGAUCGCCGACGCGAUCAAGGUACUCCUGGAUCCAGGUUCACAAGCCUCGCCUACAGAAGGAAUGAAGCAAGCCAACGGUGAAUUCGCUAGAAUCCGACCGCUACCUGAUCCACAGCAAGCCGAAUUUGUCAAGGAUUUCUAUGACGAUUCCGCAAAAAAGUUGUUCAAGCCCUUAGUUGAUUUGAAGGAUCGCGACAAUAUGGAUUUCAGCGUCCAUCAAGUCUCCUUGUUCAUCUAUCUUAUCGAGAUUCUCUGUUUCUUCGUCCGCCAACACACGCACCAUAGCAAGUACUUCGUCUUAUCGGAGAAGUUAGGCCAAAGAAUCGCCCAACUUCUCUCUAGCCCAGAGAAGUAUUUGAAGCUGACUGCGCUGAAGUUCUUCCGCAACUUGGUUGGCCUGCAAGAUGAAUUCUAUAAUCAACAGAUGACUCAGGCUAAACUUUUCGAGCCGAUCUUGAAUAUAGUAGUUGAGACGAUGCCGCGUGAUAAUCUCUUAAACUCUGCAUGUCUAGAGCUGUUCGAGUUUAUCAAGAAGGAACAGGUCAAGAGCAUCAUCACUCAUCUUGUUGAGAAUUACCGAGACACGUUGAAGGAAAUUACCUACGUAGAAACAUUCAACAACUUUAUCCUGAGAUACGACCAAAGCGAAGGAUUUGCGCCAAGUUUGGAAUCCUCUUUCCUAGACACGGACGAUUCUCCCAAGAGACCUGAAGCAGGCCGAGGCAGUAGAUGGGAAUCUGGUAUUAAGGAUCUGGAUGCGCAAGAAGAGGAGUACUUUAACACUUCGGAUGAUGAGGACGAAGCAGCGAAGGGAGUGGGGAGUAGAGCAUCGGUCAAUGGCGCGUCACCUUUAUCUAAACCAUUGGUUGAUUACCCAUCGGAUGAGGAGAAUGAGAAUAUGGAGGUGGAGUUAUCCGCAGCCUCUGACGAAAAUACACCCCCGAAAGGCGGCAAAACCACCGUAACACCUAUAAUGUCAGCGGCGACACUCAACCCUCCUGAAAAGCUAUCUGAGAAACGACGUCGAGAAGAUGAGGACGAAGACGAGAUGAGUAAGCUUUCUCAUCCAAAGCGCCGUAACUCGAUGAACUCUGCCUCUGUAGUCUCGAAUUCCAGCAGUGUGUUAAGAAGAAAGAAGAGCUUCAAUGCCUCACCACAUAACGGCGGUUCUGGUAGCAAGUCCAACAAGAUUGCUAUCAGCAUCUCUCCAGCAAUCAAAACUGGUGGUGAUAGUCCUGCUGGUGACGACGGAAGUUGAGAAUCGAAAACAGUACAGGCGUGAAGCAAAUUUGGUGGCGCUUUCAGGCGGUGUUUGGCGUCAAUGGAUGAUUGUUGAAUGUUGUUAUUAUGA